AUGGAAGAGGUAGAGGAGAUAGCUAUAGUAGGUAUUGGGUGUCGGUUUCCUGGUGCUAAUAACAUCAGAGAAUUCUGGAACGUUUUGGUGAACGGAGAGAACCAUGUGAAGGAUAUACCUAAGGACAGAUGGAACGUCGACGCCAUUUACGAUCCAGAUCCGGAUGCGUACGGCAAGACAGAUGUCCGCAGGGCAGGAUUAUUGUCAAAACAUGAUGUCUGGGACAACGAAUUUUUCGAAAUUUCGGAAAAGGAGGCUUCCGAAAUGGACCCCCAGCAACGAUAUGUCCUCGAAUGUACUCACAUGGCAUUGGAAGAUGGCGGGAUCACGAAAGCAGAUUUGGACGGCUCGCCAACGAGCGUGUAUAUUGGCGCAAUGAACAGUGACGCAAAGUCGGCCAAAGACGGGGACUAUUCACUGUUGACAAAUUACACCGUGACUGGAGACGCCACCAGCAUCAUUUCAGCUCGAGUGUCCUUCAACUACAAUCUGCUUGGCCCUUCCCUUACCAUAGAUACCGCAUGUUCCUCUUCUCUCGUGGCAAUCAACCUGGCAACACAGUCUUUGAUAAUAGGUGAGUCAUCCAUGGCGAUUUGUGGCGGAGUCAACAGUAUUCUAUAUCCAGAUAUGUUUGUCACUCUGACGAAGGCCCGGAUGGCGUCACCUACCGGACAGUGUCAAGCCUUCUCGGCUAACGCUGAUGGUUACGCAAGAGGAGAGGGAUGCGGCAUUGUCAUACUUGAGCGGCUCAGUGAUGCUCUUGAAAAUAACAGACAUAUAUGGGCGACUAUCCGUACGGGCUGUAACCAAGAUGGCAAGACCGCAAAACCCAUCACUGCGCCAUCUGAGGUCCAACAGAGGAAGCUUCUUAGUGAUAUAUAUCACCAUUCCUACAACAUUGACCCAAGCCAUGUCCAGUACAUAGAAGCACACGGAACUGGUACACCCAUUGGUGACCCUGUUGAAGUCAACAGUCUUGGUCGCUUCUUCAAAGAUCAUCCGAUACUGUAUGGGCAACGAUUUAUUGGAUCAGUUAAAACUAACAUUGGACAUCUCGAAUCCGGAGCUGGGGUUGCAAGUCUUAUCAAAACUCUUCUUAUGAUGAAGCAUCAGAAAAUUGUACCCUCCCUCCAUUCUCUUCCAAGGAAUCCCAAGAUAGACUUUGUGGGUUAUGCCCUCGAUGUGCCAGCAUCCGUGUACCGAUGGCCUGCUCUACAAGAUGGCUCCAGAGCUGCUUGCAUCAACUGUUUUGGAUUUGGUGGCACAAACAGCCACGCUUUUGUAAGGCAGUGGAUUGAGAUACCAGACAAAUCUAGGUCUAGAUCGGAAAAUGCUGAGAAGAUGAUAUGUGUUCCUGUUUCAGCUAAAUCUCAGAUCUGCCUAGAAAAAACAAUGAGGAACUUGCUAACAAGAUUGACAAACGAACCAUACAGUUUGAAGCAAUUAGCCUACACCGCUUCGUGUAGACGGGAUCACCAUAGAUAUCGAAAGAUGUUCAUCGUGUCAACAAUUGCUGACCUCACAAAAAGUUGCUCUUAUGAAAUUGAAUCGAUAUCAAGCAGCAAUAUUACACCAGGCAGGAACUACAGAUUAGUGUACGUGUUCUGUGGUGUUGGAACUGCAUGGACACAUAUGGGCAAGGAACUUUUAAGUGACUUUCAUGUUUUCGCUGACACUCUGCAAAGUAUAGAUAUACAUUUGAUGCCACUUACAGGCUGGUCAAUAACAGACAAAAUACGAAAAGGUGCAGAUAUGGUAGACCCAUUCAUUGGUCAUAUUGGCAUUUUUGCCUGCCAAGUAGGACUGUCAAACCUCUGGAAGCAUUGGGGAAUAUGCCCUGAUGCGACCGUCGGUCAGUCUGUUGGAGAGGUUGCCGCUGCCUACUGUAGUGGGGCACUGUCCCUGCAUGAUGCAGUUAAAGUUAUCUACUACAGAUCAAAAUUAUUGGCAGAGGUAUUGGGAGGGAGAAUGCUUGUGGUUAGGAAUGCUGAUACCACAAACGUAGCCAAGAUAUGUGACAAGGUUGGUCAGGUCGGGAUCGCAGUAUACAGCAGUCCCGUCGCAUGCACACUAACUGGUGACGAUCUGAAAGUGAAAGAAGCAAAAACAAUCAUAAGAGAAGAUGCUGAAAAAAGUAAUGAAAUACCGUAUUUCAGUGAUUUGAAAACAAAUUGCGCUUACCACAGUUACAAGGUAGAAGACUCAGCCAAGCGCAUUAAAGAAGCUUUGGAAGGGAUAGAAACCGAUACACCGAACAUACCUAUAUUCUCCACUGUAACGGGAAAGAUUGCAAUCGACUUCGGCACUCCGGAGUAUUGGCAACAAAACGUCGCUAGACCAGUUUUGUUCCAUCAGGCACUUCAGGUAUCAGCAGAUGAGAAGUCUACCAUAUUCCUAGAAAUUGGUCCCCAGCCUGUUUUGAAAGCGCAUUUACGGGAUAUAUUUAACGAUGAAGAUGUCGCAGCGUUUCCUUCCAUGAAAUUUGAGACUGGAUCUUCACAAGUGCGAAAUACUCUUGGACAUUUGUAUGCGCUUGGACUGAAUCCGAAAUGGGAAAAUAUUGUAGAUAAAGACAACCCGACAGACCUUCCCAGCUACCAGUUUGAUGGCAAACGCUUGAUGAUUGAAUCAGACUACCGCUUCCUCAGGAAACAAGGAUUGGUUGAUGAUUCUUCAUACCAAUGCCUUAUGAUCACAAAACAAGAGGCAGCAGGGAAAUUUGACGUCAACUUUAGUCCAACUGCAACGCCGUUUGUAUAUAAUCAUGCUAUAGACAACGCCAUCAUCAUUCCAGGCGCUGUUUACGCGGAGGUGGCAUAUGAGCUUGGAAUGAGUACCAUGGGCAUAUCAGCUGAAAGCAUGCAUGUAGAGUACGAAAUUAUCAAAUCAAUUCCCUUGUUCAAAGGAAAGCCCUUUCGUCUCGAUUUGAUAUCUGAUAUUACAGAAAAGGGUAAUGGUGUUAUCAGGGUAUCUUUCUCUAUUUUAAAAAAUGCGACGACCGUAGUCAAAGGAUCUAUCACAAACAAAAACCGUGCACAAAACCACAUCGUUCCUAUUAAUGAAUUGUGCAUACCUACUGGGAAACAAAUGGAACGAGAUACAAUUUACAGCAAACUAGCUGAACAUGGCUACAAAUACGGCGCUCCAGUCCAGGUUUUGGAAUCGGUUACAUUCGGCAAAGAUGAAUAUACUGGAUAUAUCCAACUUACUGAGGAUGUAACAAGACAACUUAACCAGACUGCCUUCCAUCCUGCUGUUCUAGAUGCCAUGCUCCACUCCAGUGCUCUGGAUUUCUUUUCCGUUCACAAUAAAUCUUUAAACAAGAUUUAUCCGAUUCGCCUCGGCAGCGUAUCCUUAUUACGAAGACUUGAGAAGCAAAUGAUAUGUUAUACACAAGUAAUACAGAAAGUCUAUGACAGGAUUAUCACCAACAUCAUUCUAACUAGACCUGACGGUCUGGUACUAGCUGAAGUUAAGGAAAUCGAACACAAGAUUAUGAACGAUGGCUUAACAGUAAACGCUCUUGCUUAUCAGAUUACCUGGGCGGUUGAAGAUGUCCCUGCGAUUAGCAACAACGUGAACGAUAAAGAGCAGGAAAGCGUUACAAUCUGCUUCGACGAUAGCAACAUAUGCGAAAUGUUGAGAAGUUUAUACCCAAUAGGAAAAUCAUUUAGUCUGCUUGAUUUGGAAGACAACGCUGUAUUGGGAACCUCCAGUGAUUUACAACAGACGGAUGUUUUGAUAUUUGUCCCAGAUUCGUUCAAUCAAAGAGAAUGUAGAAACGAUCUGUUUAGUCGUGUUUGCAAAAAUUGUAACGCCUUCCUUAACACCAUUCAAAGGGUGAAAGACUUGGAAAAGCCAGUGAUAGUAAUUACUGAGAACACACAAGCAAACGUUCCUGAACCAGUUACUGAUAAAAAUGUAUUGGGUGCUGAAUUAUGGGGUUUUGCUAGAUCUUUAAGACAGGAAGGAACGAAAUGUCGAAUGAUUCUGAUAGAUGUGCAGCCUACAAUUGCCUCGCAAUUAGCGAUAUUGCACAAAACUAUUGAAGUUCUUACGUCCAACCCUCCUUCAUUUACGGAAUUUAUCAUCGUUGAUGGACAGUUGCAUAGUAACUUUCUACAGCAAAGGACACAGAAUGGAUUACAGAGCGAAAAAAGAGUCAUAUCCACUGACACAAACAGCGACCUUGAGCUACAGUCUAUUACUUGGGACAGCAUUGAGAGCCCAUUUCUGACACCUGUUGAUCGAAACUGUGAACUUCGAAAUAAUGAGGUCAUACUUUUGGUUGAGGAAAUAUGUGUUCACUCGCCAACAGAUUUUCGACUAACAGAGUUGGAAACGAGUAUCAGCAAAUCACUUUGGUCAGAAUACAGCGGGGGAUAUCCAGUCAUUGCGUUAGAGUUUCAAGGCACCAUCCUUAGCGCGCAAAGAUCCAGCCGUGUUGUGGCAUGUUACCCAUCGAGAGUUUCCAAUAGAAUCUGCGUUCCAAAACAAUGUGUAUGCGACAUAGCAAGCUUGCCAAUGUACAAACCCGGUCUAAUCAUAAAGUCCAUGUUGAUUUGGGCCAUCACUGAGAUAAUUAGGCGCAGAUCUACAGUUUGUGUUGUGACUGAAGCAGACCCGGCUGAAGAUUGGGAAGUUUUCCUUCUCUGUGACAUGCUUGAGACUGUUAGGCAAAGCAAAGUUCGAGUUACAUCAUUCGCCUCCAUAAUUAAGGACGAUCAACAAAAGGGUUGCGUGUUUGUAUUGUUGCAAACUUAUCCUCAACAGAAAAUAGACUGCAUUUUACAGCCGGGGAAUACCAUUGUAGGCUUUGAUGAUGUGAUACUCUGUCUAUCAAAUAAGAAAAUUCAACUGAGUACAAAACGAAUAAAAGUACAAACCAUUGCAAAGACGAAAGUGUUUGAGGAAAAUAAUGUUGCUAAAACAUUUCCAAAAGUAACGAGAUGGCUGCAAAGACGACAAAAACGACAUGACCUUAUGACAAAUGCAGUAAAGUCAUUACAGCUUAAAACCAUCAAUCUCCCUGACAAAAGAUGCGGGGAUGUCACGGAUGUGGCCAUAAAAGCGAAAGGUGACACACUUUUCCAUAGUAAUGCAACGUAUGUUGUUGUUGGUGGGUUGACAGGCCUUGGAUGGGACAUCGUCAAAUGGCUGGGCCACAGAGGUGCUGGCAUUGUAGUACCACUAUCAAGGAGAGGUGUCAAUCCACAGAUGAAAGAUCAACUCCAAAAUGCAAUGGAUAUACACAAGUACAAAAUUGUGCCAAUGACUUGCAAUGUUGCGAAUUUUGUUGAUGUGGAAAAUGUAUUUUCUGCAAUCAAGUUAAAAUUUCCAAAUCAUCCAGUCAAAGGUAUAUUCCAGGGAGCUGGAGUGCUAAGAGAUGCUCGUAUUGAAACCAUGACAAUUGAAAAGUUCAAAGAAGUCUUAGCGCCAAAAGUUCUUGGAUCCUGGAACCUACACCUUAUCUCUAAAGAAUUAAAAUUGGAUUUCUUUGUCAUGCAUUCCUCAACAACAUCUGUCUUUGGAAAUGCUGGACAGACUAAUUAUGGAGCUGCGAACUCAUUCAUGGAUGCCUUUGCCUUUUACAGAAGAGCCAACAACCUACCUGGACAGACGAUCAACUGGGGCGCAUUGGCGGUGGGAAUGGCGAGUGAUGAGAACAUCAGAAACAACCUAGAAGCACAGGGGCAUUAUCUGCUUGAAACAGACAAAAUCAAAGAAUGCCUUAUGGAUUGCCUGACUCGAAAUCCAUGUCAAUCCAUAUUUGGUUUGUUUGACUGGAGCGUAGUCGGUAAAAACCCUUCUAUUAUACGGACCUCUAUCGUUGACAAGCAAGAAGAGAGCACCAUUUUCAAUCAGUCGGCAAUUCGAAGGCGCGAAAUUAACACUGUUCUUAACAUUGCUGAAUUCAAAUCGACAUCACAUGAGCAACAGAGGAAGACACUUGUUAAUUUAUUAUUAAAGUGUUUCUCUACGGUGUUAUCUUUAGAUGAAAAUUACUUGGAAGAAAAUCAAAACCUUCUUGAACUAGGUAUGGAGUCCCAAAAAUCUGUGGAAUUGAUCCAGAUUGUACAUGAGGCUACAGGCUGUCGACUUCCGGUUGCUUACAUCCUGUCUCCUAACUAUACUAUCGGCAUGAUUAUCGACUUUGUACAUUCAAACAUCAUCGAUAAUAAUACUAAUGACAAUUCGGAAAUAAAGGAGGACAUACGUGAAUCACCAACAUGGAUGCAAAAAUUCUACAUCGACAUGCAUGAAGACUCUCCCGUUGACUCUAGUCUUUGGUUCAGUAUAGAUUUCAAACUGGGAACCGGUCUAUCGAAUAUCGAACUUUGGCGUACUGUCCUGCGAUGGGCAACAAUCAGAAAUAAAGAACUUAGGACUUUGUACCAUCCUACUAAGGAACGAUUUAGAUUCGGUAUCAAAAAGCAUGUUUUGGAUCCAGAGGAUGCCCAAGUUGAUUUCCGAGUGGUUGAUUCCGUUGUGAUUAAAAAGGGUUGGACAGACGAGGAUAUGGUCAAGUACUGCACAUUCGACAUCACCACAGACCCGCCGUUGCGGUUGAUUUAUGGCAAUACAGGUAGGAAACAUCACAUCAGGUUUGUCAUGAGCCACAUCACAUUUGACUUACAAAGCUUCUUCACGCUGAUACCGCAGUUCCAGGCGGACUUACAGACAUACCUGAUGGGAACGGGUACCAACUUAGAAACUGCAGAUGUCCCUGAUGUAACAUAUCUGAUGGAAGAACGUCUUGAUGGUGAGAGGUUUUAUCUCCAGGAGUUCUGGAAAGGGGAGCUUGAUAGAAUUCAUACUGUGCCGUCUCUCGUCAAGUCUGAGUCAUUGGUUCCUCUGUCUGGAAAGACGGAACAGAUAUCGAUUCGCCUUCCAAGAGAGUUAGUAGACAAAAUUAAUCAGAACGACAAAGGUGUAACAGGACCUACCCUAGUCUUCUGUCUCUACCAAAUUCUUCUCCACAAGAUGACGCGUCAACCUGUCACUCCCGUUGUACUGACAGUGGACAUGCGACGACACUUACCAGAGUUUACCAGCAUGGUAUUUCUUGGUACCAACUAUAUCCCGAUCGUAACAGCGUUUAGCGAUACACCCGCUACACUUGGAGAUUGUAUCAGAAUCUGUGCAAGUCAAAUGACUCUUGCAAGCACGCACAGUCUGUACCCUUUUCUACUCAUCAAACAGAACAAUCCUGAUGCGGCCAACGCUUUUCGCCAUUUCUUUAAUGUCAGAUAUGUAUCAAAUCAAACAUUCAAACACGAGAAGUACCCAAACCAUACUAUGAAACACUCCGGAUAUAACACUGGCUUUCUGAACCACAUUGAAACAGCUUUAAAUAUCGUCACGGAUACCCAGACAGGAUCGAUGGACUUCGUAUUAAGUUACGACCCAACCAUCGUAAGCUUGUCUACAGCAAACAAUAUGCUUGAAGAUCUUCUGUUACUGGCCUGUGUAAAUGCCUUGAAUUCUGAUAUAAGUCUUGACAACAUUCCCUUACGGUGCUCUCCAGCCGAGGCUGUGGACGGAGUGGAUCCACAACUGUUAUCAGGAAGAUUUGUGAAGGAGACCUCAAACGGUUGGGACCACCUGGUUGAGUUGAGAGUCUGCAUUGAGAACAAUGUACCGCAGUUAAAAUGGAGAGAUAUUGACAGAAACAGAACGUCACCGAAGAGAAAAUGUCCCAUUUCUCGUGUCCUUCGUGUCGAUAUGGAUUUAGUACAAGAGUCACCUACCAGUGUUUGUAAGACGGCACUCUUGCUAAAUGCUCAGCAUUCUGGGGAGUAUGACGACUAG